CUUGCAAGUUGGCGUCUACAGUGGAUGUGGAUCAAUAAAUGGUCAACUAGUAACUAUUACUAACUUGAAGCCUCAAGUCUAGUACCCAAAUCUUGAUUUCGUUGUAUCUCAAUACUCCUCGCUACAGCAAACAAAUGGAUCUUCCCUGCUAUUCUUUUCUGAUUCCUCUGUCUGUUUUCACUUUCUUCCUUUAUCAAUGGUUCUUUACCACUUCAGACAUCAAAAAGAAGUUACCACCAUCCCCAUGAAAGCUUCCAAUCAUAGGAAAUUUGCAUCAACUUGGAUCACAUCCUCACCGUUCUCUCCAUAAACUAUCUGAAACAUAUGGUCCUGUCAUGAUGCUUCAUUUGGGAAGUAAGCCAGUGCUUGUUGCUUCCUCUGCCGAAGCUGCUCGUGAUAUCAUGAAAACCGACGAUCUCGUCUGGUCAAACAGACCCAAAACUAGAAUGGCUGAUAAACUACUUUAUGGCUCCAGGGACGUGACAUUUAGUCCUUAUGGUGAAUACUGGAGGCAAAUUAAAAGUGUCACCAUGCUUCACCUUUUUAACAACAAAAGAGUCCAAUCUUUUCGUGAUGUGAGAGAAGAAGAAACGUCAAACAUGAUUGAAAAAAUCAGGCAAGGAUGUGAUUCGUCGAGUUCAGUGACAGAUUUGAGAGAUUUAUUCAGUUCUCUGACAAAUAACAUAAUUAGCAGAGUGGCAUUAGGGAGGAAAUAUGAUGAAGGGAAUAAAAGUGGCAUGACUGCUAAGGAAACCAUAGAAAAACUUCUUGAACUUUUAGGUGCUUUUAACAUUGGGGAUUAUAUUCCACUGCUUGAAUGGGUCAAUAGAAUAACUGGUCUAGACACCAAAGUGGAGAAAGUGGCUAAACAGCUGGAUACAUUUUUGGAGAGUGUGUUUGAAGAACACGAGAUUAGGAACAAGAAAAGAGAAUACCGGGCAGGUGAAGCUAAAGACUUCCUAGACGUUUUGCUGGAAAUUCAGGAGGGAAAGGAAACUAGAUUUCCUCUUCAAAGGGAUUCAUUGAAAGCUCUCCUCUUGGGUUCAUUUGCUGCCGGUACAUAUACAGCAUAUACAGCUCUAGAGUGGACAAUGACAGAGCUUUUGAGGCAUCCAAGAGCCAUGGAAACAUUACAAAAUGAAGUGAGAGGAUUAGUCCAAGGGAAAGCGGAGAUAACAGAGGAUGACUUGGGAAAUAUGCAGUAUUUGAAAGCAGUGAUCAAGGAGAGUUUUAGGCUUCAUCCACUGAUUCCACUACUAAUUCCGCGAGAAUCAACUGAAGAUGUAAAAUUGCUAGACUAUCACAUACCUGCUAAAACUCAAGUCAUUAUUAAUGCGUGGGCAAUCGGAAGAGACCAGUUGUCAUGGGAAAAGCCAGAGGAAUUCCGACCAGAAAGAUUCUUGAAUAGUGAUAUUGAUGUCAAAGGACUAAACUUUGAGUUGAUUCCCUUCGGAGCUGGCAGAAGGGGAUGCCCAGGAAUUACUUUUGCUAUAAUGGUGAAUGAGCUAGCAUUAGCAAGGGUUGUCCACAAGUUCAAUUUUGCACUGCCAAAGGGGUAAGAGAGGAGGAGUUUGAUAUGAUUGAAAGCAUUGGCAUCGCUGUUCGUAGGAAAUCACCUUUGCUAGCAAUUGCCACUCCAUGUUCUAAUUAGGAGUUUCUUUCUCCAUUACAUUUCUUACUGUCUAGAACACUGAUUUUGUUCACCCAUAUAAGUCCUGCAUGGUUCCCAGCAUUGCUUGCAGCUAAUAACUUCACAAUCUGUAAUAAGUGUGCUGGUCAACUCCCUCCCUUAGGGGUGUGUGUGGAUUUGUUUUAUUAAUUGACUUAAUAGCUCAAAACUCUCCCA